AUGUCGUUGGUUCAACGGCAACCGACCGAUUCGUCGGACUGCAUGCUACCGGGACCACCCUCCCGCAACAAUGGUGGAUCCGCUGACCUCGUAUCAACCGGCCUCCUCGCAUAUGCCGCCGGUAGCACCGUCCCUAUCCUCGAUACUCGCUCCAUGCAACUCGUCUGCGUCUUUCCUAUCCCUCCUCCUGCUGCCACAUCCGGCACCAGCAGCACAUCCUCCUCCUCCUCACUGUCCCCUUAUGUCACCUCCGUCCGUUGGUGCCCUACCUCGCUCCGUCUAGACCUUCUCUCCCAUGACCUUUCUUCGUCCCACUCUCACCUUCUCCUCGCCGCCGGCGACCGCCAAGGCCGUAUUUGCCUCCUUGACCUUCGCCAGAAAUCAGCCCCUUCGCUCUUCCUCCAAACCGAUCAGACCUCCAAACUUGGAAUCCAAGACCUUUGUUGGAUCCAAGCCCGAUCCGACUCAUGGAUAAUCGCUGCCCUAAUGGGACCAUCAGUCCUCGCUCUCUUCAACAUCCCCAACGGACGUUGCUUCUUCAAAUACAAUGCAUCGCCGGAACUCUUCUCGUGUAUUAAACGUGACCCCUUCGAUUCCCGCCAUUUAUGCGCCAUAGGUUUAAAAGGCCUUCUCCUGUCAAUCAAAGUCCUUGGGGACGUGUCCGAAUCUGAUGUCGUAUUGGAAGAACUCAAAAUCCCUACUGAUGUCUCUGGGUUGAAUAAGCUUGAGAGAGAAGUCGGUAUCAGCAUUAGUUCACCCGCUACACUUAAUAAUUCCCAGGCGACGGCGACGCUUCCCACUUAUGGAGUCAAACUCGCGUUUUCGCCUCAUUGGAGGCACAUUUUGUAUGUUACUUUUCCGAGGGAAUUAAUCGUGUUUGAUCUGCAGUACGAAACGGCUCUGUCUCAUUCCAGUUUACCGAGAGGAUGUGGGAAGUUUCUCGACGUGUUGCCGGACCCAAGUAUGGAUCUGGUUUAUUGUGCUCAUCUCGACGGCCGACUUAGCGCUUGGCGGCGAAAGGAAGGAGAACAGGUGCACGAGAAGUGUAUGAUGGAAGAAUUGAUGCCCUCAAUUGGCACAUCCGUCCCAACUCCCUCAGUUCUUGCAGUUGUCAUCUCUCAAUCGGAUGCCACCCUCCAAAAUGUCGGCAAGCAUUUUUCCGAUGGACAUCAACCUUCAUCUCCUGACAACGAAUUUGAUCUGGAUUUUGAUAAUCCUUUUGAUUUUCGUGAUGACUCACAUAUCAUUUGUAAAACACAUUUUAUAUCCAUUUCUGAUGAUGGAAAAAUAUGGAAUUGGCUUCUGACAUCUGAAGACCCCACAGAUAAUCCAAAAGAUACAUCUGAAUCUGAUCCUGCACAUGCUACAGAAGUCCGUAAAGAUCCAUCAGCCACUACUGUAAGCCAGGAUAAGCUAACACUCAAGAUGAGUCUUGUUGGCCAACUUCAUCUCCUUUCUUCAACACUGACAUUGUUGGCUGUUCCUUCUCCUUCUUUGACAGCAACUUUGGCAAGUGGUGGAAACCAUCCUGCUGUGGCUGUUCCACUGGUUGCUUUAGGAACUCAAAAUGGUUCAAUUGAUGUUAUUGAUGUUUCUGCAAAUGUUGUAGCUGCAAGUUUUUCUGUUCAUAAUAAUCUUGUAAGAGGGUUAAGGUGGCUUGGAAACACUAGACUUGUCUCAUUCUCAUACAGCCCGGGAAGUGAGAAGUCUGGAAGCUAUGUGAAUAGGCUUGUUGUUACAUGCCUUCGGAGUGGUCAUAAUCGAGCAUUUAGGGUUUUACAAAAGCCUGAACGUGCAUCAAUAAGAGCUCUCCGUGUGUCAUCUUCUGGAAGGUAUCUUUUGAUCUUGUUUCGUGAUGCACCUGUGGAGGUUUGGGCAAUGACAAAAACUCCAAUUAUGCUUAGGUCUUUAGCUCUUCCAUUCACAGUUUUGGAGUGGACUCUUCCUACUGUUCCACGUCCCUCUCACAGUGGAGCCUCUAGACAAUCUGUAUCUAAUUCUCAAGACAACACUUAUGUAGCCUCUGAAGGAGCCUCUACAGACACUAAUGGAGCUCAAGAAGAUUUUACAGAGACUUUUUCAUUUGGUUUAGUAAAUGGCUCUUGCGGGGUGUUUGAAGUUCAUGGACGAAGGAUCCGAGAUUUCAGACCAAAGUGGCCUGACUCCUCAUUUGUUUCUACUGAAGGGAUGGUGACAGCUAUGGCUUAUCGUAUGCCUCAUGUGGUUAUGGGGGACAGAUUAGGAAAUGUAAGGUGGUGGGAUGUGACAACUGGACAAUCUUCCUCUUUCAACACUCAUAAAGAAGGCAUUAGAAGAAUCAAAUUCUCCCCUGUUGUUCCUGGAGAUCGCAGCCUUGGACGUAUUGCUGUUUUGUUUAAUGACAACACAUUUUCUGUUUUUGAUCUUGAUUCACAGGAUCCUUUAGCCAAUUCCCUAUUACAGACACGGUUUCCAGGAACACUUGUGUUGGAGCUUGAUUGGUUACCUGUACGAACUGAUAAAAAUGAUCCAUUGGUAUUGUGUAUUGCUGGAGCUGAUAGUAGCUUUCGCCUUGUUCAGGUUAACAUUGACAAAAAAAGUGGUUAUGAAUCCCAACCUGGAUCUGUGAAAGAGCGAUUUAGGCCAAUGCCUUUAUGUUCUCCUGUAUUACUUCCUACAGCACAUGCCUUAGCAUUGCGGUUAAUCUUGCAAUAUGGGGUAAAGCCUUCAUGGUUUAACACAUGCAGUUCAAUCCCAGAUAAGGGGGGAGAUUCAGAUUCCCAAAUAUCAAGAAGUUCAUCAGCAUCUGUUGGGUACCUUCGUAGUUAUUUAAUUGAUUUAUCACCUAUUGGUGACUCUGUUGUCCCUGAGUUACUUCUUAAAGUAUUAGAGCCUUACCGAAGAGAAGGUUGUGUGCUUGAUGAUGAGAGAGUGAGACAAUAUGGUAGUAUAGUGAAUAAAGGUUGUGCUGCAAGGUUUUCUUUUGCAGCUGCAAUAUUUGGUGAAACUUUGGAGGCUUGUUUUUGGUUGCAAUUGCCUCGUGCAUUAAAGCACUCACUGAAUAUGUUGGCUACAAAGUCUUUGCAAAAAGCACCUGUGAAAUUGCCAUCUACCAUUGAUGAGUCAUCUGUACUAAGUAGGAUGUUCACCAUGAAGAGGAGAUCUGUACCAAGGUUAACAAACUCAAACUCACUCAGUAAUGGUGAACUUAGGAUGAUGGCUUUUGCACAAGAAGAGUUAUGGGAAAAUGCUAGUGAACGUAUUACUUGGCAUGAAAACUUGGAGGGUGAACAAGCUAUUCAAAACCAAGUUCAUGAGCUAGUGACAGUUGGUAACUUGGAUGCUGCUGUGAAUUUACUGCUUUCAACUCCUCCAGAGAGCUCCUUCUUCUACCCAAAUGCUUUGCGUGCUGUUGCUCUUUCCUCUGCAGUCUCAAGAUCUUUAAAUGAACUCGCAGUAAAGGUGGUUGCAGCAAAUAUGGUGAGGACUGACAGGUCAUUAUCUGGCACACACCUCCUCUGUGCUGUUGGGAGAUAUCAAGAAGCUUGUUCACAGCUGCAAGAUGCAGGGUGUUGGACAGAUGCUGCAACCUUAGCAGCAACACAUUUAAAAGGAAGCGAUUAUUCAAGGGUAAUGCAAAGAUGGGCAGGACACGUGUUGAAUGCGGAACAUAACAUGUGGAGGGCCCUAAUAAUGUAUGUAGCAGCGGGAUGUUUACAAGAAGCAUUGGCGGUGCUGCGUGAAGCUCAUCGACCAGAUAGUGCGGCAAUGUUCAUCAUAGCCUGCCGGGAAAUUCAUGGGGAGUUUAUAAAGGGGUUAGAUCCAAACGACGACGCAUCUGUCACAAUCAAGGAAAAAUUGGUUGUGUUACGAGGACUAAACCCAGAAAGUGAAGAAGUUAUUGGUGUCGGGGAAUUAUACACAAAAUACCAACAGGAAUUAGUUCAUCUCUGUAUGGAUUCACAACCAUAUUCCGAUUAAAAUUUGGGAAAUUCCCCAACCUACAUACUCAUAUUAAAGCAUAUUGUACUACACAUAACAAUAGCAACAAGAUAAAACCUCACUAUACACC